AGUAUAAAACUCCUUUGAAUUCUCAGUUGCUACAAAGACAAGCCAGACCCAAGAAAUCAGCAUGACCAGCCAGUCUCAGGGAAUCCAGCAGCUUUUACAAGCAGAAAAACGUGCCAAAGACAAAGUAGAAGAAGCCAAAAAGAGAAAGGGAAAGAGAUUGAGGCAAGCCAAAGAAGAAGCCACAGCAGAGAUAGACCACUACCGGUUACAGAGAGAAAAGGAAUUCAGGCACAAACAAUCUAAUAUAAUGGGCUCCCAGGGUAACCUCUCCACUAAAAUCGAAGACCAAACAACAGAAAAAAUCCAAGCUGUCACCAGUAACUAUCACAAAGAGAUGGAAAGCAUGAUGAAAAAACUUUUGAACAUGGUAUAUGACAUCAAACCUGAAAUCCACCUGAACUACAAAGCCACUGAUGUGUCCAUAGCAGUGUAAGAUGCAUUCCUCUCCUGAUAGGACAAGAUGAUUUUGGUUUUCUUGUUCUGUGUGUAUGUGAGAGAAACACUAAGUCCAAAACAUGUAGCCUUACACAGAUUUUUAAUAUAAUACAAUUCUACAAGGUUUCACAAGCAUUUGGUGGAUUGAAAUGGUUUCCUGUUGCUUACCAUGCCCCCAUGAUUUAUAUAGGGGCAAGUUAACAACAGCAAAAUAAGUGAUUAUUUGACACAGGCAGCUUUUUAGUGGGUGUCUUAUUUCUUUUCUGAUAUAAAAUGUUCUGUACCAGUUGGGGUGUUGUAUGAAAUCUGUUUAUCCCGAUGCUUAAUGUAUUAAAAUUAAUAGUUAAGUAAUAAUAUUUCUGUUUGCUUGAAAUUAAAGCAUUUCUCUCUUGUUUUGGGCAAAUGAAAUGGAUUGAUUCCAGUGAUUUUACAAAUAACUCCAAACUUUAGACCAAAUACAUUUGUAAUGGCAUACUGAGAAUCACAGCCUUCAGGUCCAAGACUUCAUAUUUUCCAGAUUCCCAAUUUGUUCAUCAUUUUGGGUAGUUUAAAUGCAAACAUUAGUUAUGGCUGAUUUUACAUAUCUACCUACACAAAGAAUUUUCCUCCUACUGAAUUGCACCAUGUACCGUAGAGAUUCUCCUUUAGCCUGAAAUGGAUGCAAUUAGUAAUAAUUAUUUAUAAAAUAAAUGUAGUUCUAGAUGCAUUAUAUCAUGUGUCUCAUUAUUCUAAUAUAAUAAAAGGCUUAGUCUUUC